AUGCCUGCUGGAGCAACAGGUAUUCUUGGUCCGACCUGGACGGGGUACAUUGCAGACACAACAGAUGCAAUGCUACUUCUCGAAGCCUGCUUUGAAGGAAAUCUCAGCCAUCUCGCCCGUCGCCCUCAUGAUAAAGAGAGACCCGAACUCAUCAAGAGUGGAAACGUUUUCGUACACGAAUCAACAUCAUCCGGAGUGAAACGAUGGACCGAUGGCAUUACAUGGAGUCCGAGUCGCAUGGUAGGAAACUUCCUUGUCUAUCGAGAGUUGAACAAACCAUUUGAGCCGGGACAAAAGAAAAAGGCUAUGGCGAAAGAUAAGAGACAAGGCAUGCAAAUGAAACGUGGUAAUGGAGUAACCCCAGGUCGCGUUUACUCUUCUGCGCAUGGAGCACUCAGCAAGGAUUUGGAACGCUCAUUGGUCGGUUCCCUGGUUGAUUCGUACGACUUCAAAGAGGAUAAUGUUUGUCUCAUAAAGAAGACGAUUACCAUAACGGUACGUGAAAUUACUCAUCACAUUGUAUCGUAUUACAAUAUCGACGACAUCGUGUCCGGCAGACUUCAAACUCCACAAAUGGAUCCUAAAUUCAAGGAUCUCAAGCCGCGUGAAGAUAUAAUCUUUAGCAAAAGCUACAAACAUCCUCCUGGAGAUCUAAACGGUUUGAACGAAGACGACGAUGUUCGCGAAAAUCACUUAUCCUCUCAAUUUAACAACCCGGAUCGAAGUGAUUACAGCUUCCCGAAUCCAAACGCCCCGCGACUACCUGACCCAUCUAUGACUGGCGCCUCAUAUCAAUCCAACGGUCAUUUCACGAACAAUAAUCACACAAUGGGUGUCGGCUCCGCGUCAUAUAACCACACAUCAUAUAAUGGAGGCCUCCCUGCGACAGGUUUAGGUGCCAGCUCUUCUUAUAACCCAGGGAUUCCUGCAACAAGUUCAAAUGGCGGCUCUUAUACUCAAUAUCCACCAGCUCAUAUCAUGUACCACACACCCAAGCCUGAAGGACACGUCAAUGUUUAUAGACAACAGCACCACAAUUCCAUGAAUAACAUGAACAACAUAAACAACAUGAACAACAUGAACAACAUGAACAACAUGAAUAACAUGAACAGCAUGAAUACAACGCCGCUUGAUCACCGAUCUUCGAAUUAUGGCCAACAAUCAUUAAAUAGUUCUGGAGGACCCGAGAUGUUAACUAGGAUGUCUGGAAUGAUCCAUGGUCAAAUGGACUCAAGAACCCCUAAUGAGACUGGAUAUACACCCGCCAGUGGUUACCAGUCAAGAGUUACACCUAAUACCCCUCAUGGUUAUUCUCAGACGCAACGAACGUUGCCGCCAUUCGACCUUCCAUAUGCCCAACCAGUCGCACAAUAUUAUGUCCAAAAUACGGAAGCCUCGCCGGGUAACGCCAGCACUGGACAUGCCCACUAUAUGAUGGGAUCCCAAGCCGAUUGGUCUCAUCCAAACGGCUCUCCAAACGGCAGUAGUUAG